ACAACGCGUUCCACAUAACUGAAAUAAAAAUCUGUUUUUACAGACAUAAUUUAUUCUGCGCUUUAUAUAUGUAUAUAUAUAUAUUAGUUACAAUAACGUUUAAAUUAGGAAAUCUUUUUUGUGUGUAAAUCGCUAAAAUUGUACAUGCUAUUUGUGGGUAAAUCCUCGUGAGGGUGUUGUGCGUUGGUGAUUUCCUUCCCCUAGAAAACGCACAGUCCAUGAUUAGAUAAAGUAAACAGAGAAAAUUCGGAUUGUUUUCGCUUUAACACCAUCAAUAGAGAUUUUCAAUUGUUUGUAUUAUGAUUUGUAAUUUUAUGCCAGUGAUAUAACUGAUAUAUUUUUCAACAAAAAAGAAAAGAGUAGCUACUAUAAUGCUCUAGUCAUUAGUUCCUUUGAUAUGCAGGCAUGGCAUGCUGAUAAGUACUGGUUAUAACUAGGUUAUAAUAGCUUUAGUGCCAUGCCAUGGACAGAGAGACGUUAGGUGCAUGUAGCAGUCUGGUGAAGUUGGACCAUCAACCAUGUGCUCAGCUGCAGCCGUCUCACUUUCUGCACUACAUCCAGACAGAAAUCCCCUACAGCCAGUUCUUCAGCAAACACCUGCUGCCCAACCGACCAUGCAUGUUCUCCUCCAACUUCACCCAGAACUGGAGCUGCAGGAGCCGCUGGGUCGGCCAAGACGGCAAGCCCGACUUCCACACACUCCUGCAGGAGUUUGACGAGACAUCGGUUCCAGUGGCAGACUGCAACACCAAAGAGUACAACUCCAACCCCAAACACUCCAUGAGCUUCAGAGAUUUCCUCUCAUACUGGAGGGACUACAUCCAGAACGGACAUUCUUCACCUAAAGGCUGUCUUUACCUGAAGGACUGGCACAUGCACAGGAUGUUUCCAGAGCACCACGCCUACACCACGCCCAUCUACUUCUCCUCUGAUUGGCUCAAUGAGUACUGGGACACUUUGGACAUGGAUGACUAUCGCUUCGUCUACAUGGGGCCUAAAGGAUCCUGGACGCCGUUCCACGCCGACGUGUUCCGCUCCUACAGCUGGUCGGCGAACAUCUGCGGCCGUAAGAAAUGGCUGCUGUACCCCCCGGGGCAGGAGGAGUUCCUGCGAGACUGCUGUGGAAACAUGGCAUAUGAUGUCACAUCCCCCACCCUGCAGGAUCAGCGUCGUUUCCCACGAUUCAGUGAGGCCCGCCGUCCCCUGGAGGUCAUUCAGGAAGCUGGAGAGAUCCUGUUCGUCCCCAGCGGCUGGCAUCAUCAAGUCUACAACCUGGAGGACACAAUCUCCAUUAACCAUAACUGGCUGAAUGGCUGUAAUGUGGAUGUGGUGUGGGAGUUCCUGCAGGGGGAGCUGUUGUCCGUACAGAAGGAGAUAGACGAGUGGAGGGACACCAUGGAAUCCUGGGACAAUCACUGUCAGGUGAUGAUGAAGUCAUGUACGGGGAUCGACUACGCUGAAUUCGCCUCCUUCCUCAAAACCAUUGCUAAUCACCGUAUCUCCUUUCUGUCCUCUCCCCACGGAAACGCAUGCUCCGAGACGCUGAGCGCUCUCGGACCUCACCAUGCGACCUUUGACCUUCAGAGGGUGGCUCAUACCUUGGACAGCAUGCUCAGCAAUGAGGAUUUUAAGCGAGUGCAGGUGUCCACGCUGGGCUUUAACGUGGAGGAGCUGCUGCAGAAGAUCAGAGACACCAUCAGCAAACACAACACUGCAUACUAAACACCUUUAAACACCAUUUACCAUAACAUCGCCAUGCUGUAUUGCACAAUAUCAAACAACCGAUUAUCGGCUCAGACCCGGUGGAGAACCGUCCGGAUCAUCAAACGUACAGCAGCGACAAUUUAAUACAGGGUAUUUUAAAAAAUAAACUUAUUAUACACAUCAUGAAUAACUGUUAACUAUUCUCAGUAACUUCAUUAUAUAUCAACAAUAACCCUGAGUCACUGUGGCAAACGAUAAGGUCAUCAUCUAGAUUUGUUUUAUAGUCCUCCAGCCAUUUUAUCUUAGCUUUUUAU